CCGUGCCGUGCCGUGCCGUGCCGUGCCGUGCCGUGCCGUGCCGUGCCAGCAGCAGCAGCAGCAGCAGCAGCAGCAGCAGCAGUUCGAAACAGGAUGCGGCGGCGGCAGUGGCAGGCUGCCUGAGGAUGCCUCACCCUGUCCAGCUCCAGCUCUGACACCUGUGCUCACCCCGUCAGCAUGGCGCAGGCGGGGAGUCUUGUACGCCUGCCCCCAGCCGAGGGCUGCACCGCCUCACCCACACCUUUCUCCCACCAUGGGGACCGCAGGCCCUGGCCACCCAUCUCCUCCAGCCCUGAACCAGGCCGGCACAGCCCCCCACGCUGCCUCACCCCCAACCUCAAUGCUGGUCGCCUGCACCUCCUGCGCAAGGGCCUGGCCCCCGAGACCCACCGCUGCCCCCCUGGCCUCUACAACAGCACCGGCUCCUUGGCUCGCAAGCCAACAGAGAUGGGGUCUUUUGGCAACGGGGGCUGCCCGGGUGGGGGGCGGCUGACAGCCCCCUGCACCCCGCGGAGGGGCCAUCCCGCCCCGAGUCUCACCUCGCCCGGCAGCCGCAGCCCACUGGUGGCCCCAGAGGGACGCAGCUCCGUUGUCACCUUCCGCUUCAUCGAGAAGGCCAGCGUGCGGCCCCUCAGCGGGCCCCAGGAGAAUGGCCCCGCAGAGCCCGCUGGGGGCUGGCGUGUGCCACCUGGGCAGCCCCAGCCCCAAGAACAGCUGCUCCGCAGACUGAAGCUGGAGGCCUCUGCGUCUGACCCACUCCUGGCUGGCUGCAGGUCCCCAGGGGAGACACGUCCCCACGAAGGCAGAAGGGAUCCCCAUUCUCUCACCACCAGCUGCCUCUUCGGCUCCCUCACCAAUGGGCUGCAGGCCCCGCCACAGGACGUCCCCACCAGCCCCCGGCCCCAGGGCAGCGCCUGGCCGUGCCCCCGGCAGAGCUCAGCUCAUGCCCAGCGCAUCGCCCGUGCCAAGUGGGAGUUUUUCUAUGGCUCGCUGGGUGCCCCGAAAACAGGCUCCUCAGCCUCCGACACUGAGCCUCCACUGCAGCCCAGCCACCCACUGCCUGCAGAGCCACCCAGCUUGCUUCCCAAGCAUGGCCUGAGCCAUGUGGAGGUGGAGAUCGAGGUGUCCCCAGCAGGCAGCAAGGAGCAGGGCUCCUGUGAGACGGGCAUCAUUAGGAGGGCUGUGAAGUACUCUGAGACAGAUCUGGACACCGUGCCGCUCCGCUGCUACCGCGAAACCAACAUUGACGACAUCCUGGCUGAGAGGGAUGAGGUGGAUUCUGCUAUUGAAAGCCAGAAGGACAGUGAGAGCAACCCCAGCUUUGCAGGGACUCCAGGCAGGAGGGACAGCAUGCCUGAAGGGAACCCUGAGCACGGUAUCCCGAGCACAAAGGAUGGAAUGCGCGACAGAGACGACAGAGAUGCAGAUGAGGACGACGAGGUGUUUGAGGCCACGAUGAAGGAGAGCAGGGAAAGGAUCAUGGAUCGAGACACACAGGGUAUGCUCAAGUCUCCAGUGCCCUUCCUGCUAGGGCACAGCCUCUCCAAGGAUGGCAUGGACUCUUUCAGCAAGCAUUUUGAGAGCAUCAUGGAGUCCCAUCGAGCCAAAGGCACAUCUUACACCAGCCUGGACUCCAUUGACAUCCUCUCCUCCCCAGCUCACACUCAUGGGACCUUUUUCACUUUUGAUCUCCCAACCCUCACCCCAGAAGUACAGGGACAGAUACGAGACAGUGUGAAGCUGAUCGAGGAGAACUUUGCUCCUCUGGCUCACUUGGAGCCGGACUCUGGGACCAGUUCAGCCACCGAUGCCCCCUGGACUGAGAGGGAGGAGGAGAGGGGGAGGCGAAGGAAGGGUGCUCGGCACAGUCCUUGCUGCUCAGAGGACAGCUUUGGUACUCCCUUGGCCUCCAACAUGAGCGAGCACCCCCUGAGCCAGCUGGUUUCUGACUCGGACUCGGAGAUGGACAGCAUAGAGCAGCUGGCGCUGGGCAGCACCGACACGCUCUCCAAUGGGCACAAGGCUGAUCUGGAGGCUGCCAAACGUCUGGCCAAGCGGCUCUACAACCUGGAUGGCUUUAAAAAAGCAGAUGUGGCCCGCCACUUGGGGAAGAAGUACGUCAACGAAUUCAGCAAGAUGGUGGCAGGGGAAUAUCUGAAGUUCUUCGUGUUCACAGGGAUGAGCCUGGACCAGGCCCUCAGGUCCUUCCUAAAGGAGCUGGCCCUGAUGGGAGAGACACAGGAGCGAGAGCGAGUGCUGGCUCAUUUUUCCCAGCGCUAUUAUGAGUGCAAUCCCAAUGCCAUCUCCUCUGAGGACGGAGCCCACACCCUGACCUGUGCCCUGAUGUUGCUGAACACAGAUCUGCAUGGACACAACAUCGGAAAAAGAAUGUCCUGUUCUGACUUCAUUGGCAACUUGGAAGGGCUCAAUGGAGGCACCGAUUUCCCCAAGGAGCUGCUCAAGGCACUGUAUGGCUCCAUCAAGAACGAGAAGCUGCAGUGGGCCAUAGACGAGGAGGAGCUGAGGAAGUCCCUUUCAGAGCUGGCUGAUCCCAAACCUAAGUCCAUCAAACGCAUCAGCAGCUGCAGUAACCCUUUCCUGGACUUCUCCCAGGACUCCAGCAUCGCCACCUACAAGCACGGACUGUUAGUGCGCAAGAUCCAUGCUGAUCCCGACUGCAAGAAAACCCCCCGAGGGAAGCGCGGCUGGAAGCCUUUCCACGCCAUCCUGAAAGGGAUGAUUCUCUACCUGCAGAAGGAGGAAUACAAGCCAGGGAAGGCGCUGGCAGAAGAGGAGCUGAAGAACGCCAUUAGCAUCCACCACUCGCUUGCCACACGGGCAUCAGACUACAGCAAGAGGCCCAACGUCUUCUACCUCAGGACAGCUGACUGGAGGGUCUUUCUCUUCCAAGCACAGAACUCCGAGCAGAUGCACUCGUGGAUCACACGCAUCAACGUGGUGGCAGCCAUGUUCUCUGCACCCCCCUUCCCUGCUGCCAUCGGCUCCCAGAAGAAGUUCAGCCGCCCGCUGCUCCCCAGCUCCUGCACCCGGCUGUCCCAGGAUGAGCAAGUGAAGAGCCACGAGUCCAAGUUCAAGACGAUGUCAGCAGAGCUACUGGAGCACCGCUCCUCUCUGCCAGAUAAGAAGGUGAAGGGCAAGGAGUACGAGGAGCUGAAGCAGAAGGAGGAGUACCUGGAGUUUGAGAAAUCCCGCUAUGGCACCUACGCCAUGCUGCUGCGGGCCAAGCUGAAGGCUGGCUCUGAGGACCUGGCGGCGUUUGAAUCCACGCUCUUUGACGCAGCAGGCGGUGAGGAUGAUGGCCUGAAAAAAUCCCGCUCCAGCCCCUCGCUGAACGCCGAGCCCUCCAGCACAGGCACCAAGGUGAAGCGCAACAUCUCAGAGCGUGCCAGCCGCCAGCCCCCCGGCCACCCCCAGAAAUCAUAAGCCAGGGGCAUCAGCCGCCUGCGCUGCAGCUCCGAUCCUGCCCAAGGGCGCUGGGUGGGUGCCACAUACCUGCUGGGACCCUGCAUGAGUCCAUCCUCCGGGGGCACGCGUCACGGUGGGGACAGCCAUACUCAGCCACCAACAGCAGUCCGGUGGCCCCUGGGCCAGAGACAGAUGUAGGGCAGGACCAAGGGGCUGCAGGUCAGAGCUGCCCCACAGACUCAUUCCUGCUCCCCUUGUUCUGUGCUUGGCUGCAGGCUCCCCUCCAGCUCCCCACCCCCGGGAGGGGCAGGGACUGACACCCCCUGACUGGGCUACUUUCCUUGGUGUAAAACUGCAGCGCAGCCGCCAGCUGCUUUCCUCAAGCUCCUUUAUGCCAUGUGGAAUGGAGCCAUCCCUGGCCCCCAACUCCAAGGGCUGGGGGAACCCAGGUCCCCCUCCCCACUGCCCCCAUGCCUCUUGCUUUCUUACAACUUUUGGACGGUUUUUGUGAUACAGUUUUGCACUUUUUAGUACCAGAUUGAGCUGACCACCAGGGAGUUUUUUGGGGGGCUAAUUUUGAUGCUUUUUGGGAACUAUUUAAAAACAAACAAAACAACAAACAGAACAACAGUGCACCAAACUCAGCCAUGUCCUGUAGACUGUGCACUUCUAGGGGGGAAAUGUUUUUACAUGGACUCAAAGGAGGACGCAGAACCCCCCCAGACAGUGAGCUGAGCAUCACUGGUGUGCUGUGAGCCCCCACCCUGCACCAGCAGCCCUCCUGCAGAGCCCUGAGCUGAGCAGCAUUGCUUACAUGCUGGCUCUUUGUGAAUGUGGGCACAGCUCUGCAGUCUGGACGUGGCCCUGGGCCCUGCCUGGAUGUGCAUUGGGCAGAGGUGGGUAUGGGGUGGGGGAUGGAGAGAAGGGGGCUUUCCUUCCAGUGCCACUUCUCCAAAGCAUCACAAGGGCCUUGGAGGAUGCAAAGCUGAGUGCCGCUCCAAUAAGAGGAGGAGGAGCAGAGGCUGGAGAGCCUGCUCUUUGGCUGCAGGCUCUCAGUUCCCAGGCAUGCCCACAGGGUGAGCAUGGCCUGGAGGACGCUUGGAGCAAACACUGGUGCUCACGUAGCCGCAGGAGCACUGGA